AUGUCUGCGAUGGGCGACGAGGCGUGCGACGACGCGGGGGCGUCGCUGCUGUCGCACGAGAGCGAGCCGGAGUGCGCGCAAGUGGCGGGCAUGGCGAGCGACCUCGUCGUCACCAUCGGCCAGCGCGCCUUCCACGUGCACCAGUACCCGCUGUACGCGUUAAUAGGCGUGCUCCGUUUCACCUUCUCCCCGUCAACGGUGAUCGCCAGCGCGGCAGCAGCAGCGGGCGAGGGCACGGGCCCCAUGCAAGCGGACCUCUCGUUCCUCCCUGGCGGCGCGCUCUCCUUCGUCCCCAUCACCUGCUACUUCUACGCCCGCCCCUGCCGCCUCUCGCCCCACUCCGUGCUGCUCGUGCGCUCCGCAGCGUCACUGCUGGAGAUGAACGCGUAUGGGCCCAGCCACGCACUGCCGCUGCCGCAGCUGGCAUCGCAGCGCCUGCAACACUUCCUGCAGCACUGGCCGCCCUGCCUGCACGUGCUCUCAUCCUGCAGCGCUCUGCCACCUUCCAACGAAGCCAGGGCAGCAAGGGCUGCGGCUGCUGACGCUGCUGCCUCUCUGCUCAUCGCUCGCAGCAAAGGAGCUGCAGCUGCAGCAGGCGAAGCAUCAAAGAAGGCAGCAGGCGGGGCAGCAGGCGGGGCAGCAGGCGGGGCAGCAGAGCAGCAGGGCGAUCUGAUGAAGCUGGCUCUGAGGGACUUGUGCCUCGUGCUCAUGAGUCGGUGUGUCCCUUCCCCAUCCACCAUACCGAUUGAGUGCAUGCUGCCACCACUUCCCUUCUCCCACAUCACGUCUCCCACAUCCUUUCUCCCACCUCUCUUCUCCCACAUUCCUUCUCCCGCCUCUCGUCUCCCACAUCCCGAGGCGGAAGCAGAGAGAGCCAAGCGGCGGGCAGCAGAGCAGCAGGUGGAGGUGGAGAGGGCAGCAGGGCGGCAGGCGCAGGAGGCGAUGCUGAGCAAGGUGCGCGAGCUGGUGGACGAGGUGCGGGGGCUGAAGACCCACAACUCGGACCUGCGGCAGAACCUCGCCAUCCUGCAGGCCUCCAUGACUGUCAAGAAAAAAACACUCUUUCUGAAGAAGUAG